UUCAUUUUUUCUACAUGCGUCCUUCGAACAUGACCGUGAAGUGGGUAUCAUUAAUAAGGCACGUUGACCGGCCUCUUUUCAAGUCAUUUACGUCUUCCUUUAAAGGGUUUAAGGCCAGGUUUGUAAAGGUUAUUAUAGACCCUAUAGCUGGCUGAAACCAUUUUUAUCAUAGCGAAGAGAGUCCAUUAUUCCCCUUCUAGUGGACCUGGGUACCUCGAAAGUAUGAUGAAUACCCGGCUAAGAUGCUUAGUCUAGACGAAGCUACUUCAUUAUCCUACUUGAAUAGUUUUCCCCGAGAGAUUCCAACUCGGUUUUUGGUCUUCUUACCGAAAUCUGCCCGGCCCCGCUUUAACUUAGAGGAUGGCGCAAUAAGGGUUAGGUUUCUCCAAUCAUCAGGUAGUUUGUAAUCGAGCUCCCAUUAAUACUUCAGUUGAGGAACACCAUAAUGUGGUUGUUGACAUGACUCCUGCUAUUAUUGCUGAGGCGCAUGCCCCUCCGCAGGACAUUGUUCUUCUUGACCCUUAUGCUGAAAAGAAAAGGGAGAAAGGUAAGAGGAUAGCGGAAUCAAGUGCACCUGACGGUUCUCGGUCUAAGCAUAGGCAUACCAAAAUUAUUUUGAUCUAGCCAUUCCUUCGGCCAUCGUGGCCCGCAAUUUUAUAUCUCCAGAAGUUCGGCCUUCUAAGAUGUUGGCCCCUAAUCUCUUAUCCACACAGGGUCAUCAGAUGUUGGUCCACCACCCCCUCGGAUCAGUGGGCCAUGGCAUGUGAGUUUCAAGUUUGUGCUACCGUGAUACUUUGGAAACUCGUGCUGGAACCUCUCGCGGAUGUACACAAUUUGAAGAAGUCUUUGGAAGACGUGAGGACUGCCCUUCAGCACUCGGUUGAAGCCUAUGAAGUUACUUUGACCGAGAAUUUGCAACUUAAGACCGAGGUAGCGCGCCUAAAUGAGGCUCUUGGCAACAUGGAGGGUCGGACAAUUGCAACUGAGGAGGCAAAAAACAUGAGGGUUACCGAGUUAAAGGAGGUCUUGGAGCGAAAGGCCAGGGCUAAGACCAACAUGGAUGCGUUUGUGGAGAGUUUUCAGACCGAUUAUGAGAACAAGAUCAUCCAUGAGCAUGAGUCGGGUUUCAAGAACGUUGUUCGUCAAGCUCAGUAUUUUUGUAGUGUCUCCCUGGAUUUCACUUUUGAAGUAAACAAGGAUUUUUAUAAAGGGGUGUAUAUGGAGUAUGACGAGAUGCCUAAAGAUGCCGAACCCAAUGAGAUGGCCCCUUCUCGAUCUGCUGCACCUAAAGACCUUCGCACCACUAUCCAAGAUGAUGAGGAUAGUCAAGAUGGUGAUGAGGGUGACCAUACCAUGGCUGAUGACUGAUUAGUUAGGUUCUUCGAUACAUCUGUUUUGUGAAUGAUGUAGAGGGAUGGGAUUUUUUUGUCUAUGUUGGGAGGGUAUACUUUUUUUUAUUAUGGCCUGCUGGAUCUUAUAAUUGGUUGUAGCCAGAGCCAAUAGUGCUCGUUCUAUUUUGUGUUAAUGAUAAGAUUGUUUAAACCGUGUUUAUUUUCCAA